CUCUGGGCUGAUUUAAAGAAAUGACUGUGUUGUGUGUUAUUUUGACACUUGAGGGCGGCAGAUCUCUCCUGAAUGAAACUGAACAUCCCUCGAGACCUAAUGCAGUGGUUCUUUAUCCUGACCCUGGGCUGGAGUAACAUCUCUCUCUCUCUCUCUUAUAAUGUAACUUGAGCAUGAUGUUGCCUGAACAAUAUUAAAUAUUUUCUGUUCUCAUUUUUCUGUGGUCAUGAUCAUUUGCUAGAAAUAUAUGUCCCACUGAGCUUUUUUUCAAAUCCCCAAAGUCUGUUUCAGUUUCAUCACUUUAGUUUAAACAUCUCUGUGCUCAAUAAGGGACAGAGAAAGACUGACAGUGAGAACAAAACACAAAACACAGACACACACACCACAAGAAGCUGUAAAAGAUGCAGACGAAAAUACUCUAUCAAUGAUUUCUUCAUUGUUUCAGGAUUAAUGGUAGUUAUUCCAUAUCUAGAUGUUAAUACUGUUCAUGUAAUUUGUUCAGAUGGCUUUGGAGAAAAUAUAGCUCAUGCUUCCAAAGAAAACUUCUCUUACAAGCUCAUUUCCAAGAGACAUGGAGCAGAAGCAGAGGUCAAUAUCAUUGGAUUUUUGUCUCAGUACCUGAAUAACUCCACAUGUAUAUGCUUUAGAACAUGAUUGCACAUAUUUUGCAUCAAUGACUUGUAGUUGAACACUGUGUACCAAGUCAGGUUUAAUGCCAUAAUCUUGCCCUUGAGAAAGACACGUAAGUGUGCUCUCCACUUUCCUGCAUACUUUUAUGCGCCCUAUCUGUUUCUGCUUCACCUGCAAAAUUACUAGCAACUGUGGGGGAAUGAUCAUAGUACCUUUUACUGCAGUUUAAGUGUGCAGUAUAAUUUAACUGUAGCCAAGAUUUUGUUUUAUACUCCAAAAGCCCAUUCUCAUGGCCAGACACCCAUUUAAAAAAAGAGCAUUUAACAGGAAAUAAGUAAGUUUUCUGGGCACAGAUUAGGUUUGUUUUAAAUGUGGCCCAUUGCUCAAAAGAUACAAUGGGACCAAAAGUGCCACGUUUGAAGAACACACGAUAACUGCCUGGGAUUUUAUUAUUUUACUUCCUUUGUUGACUACUAACAAUUUGCAUAUAAAUUCACACCUAGCAAUUUGUUCAUAAUUGUAAUUAAGGUACAAAUGUAGUUUUUGCAGCUAGCAAGUGUUUUGUUUAUUUUAAUAACUACAUUGUAGAAACCAAAGCUGAGUAGAUAAAGUUAAAACUACCCAAGCUCUGAAUUCUCUAUAGAACUGCAGAGUAAUUUACUACAUCCAGGAUCUACCAGUAUAGAAACUGGCAGGAAUUAGUAACUCACCGUGAAUGAGUAUAAUGAAACCGAGCAAAUGUUCAAGAGCAUGAACAAAUGUAAUAUAGUUUGACCAUGCUCGUAGCAUAAAUCAAUCAAAUCUGUGUUUAAAUGUUGUAAAAUGGUAAAUGUAACUUGCCCCUAGAGUACUAGAUUACAAUCAUGGCACUUUUCAGUUCAGUAGACUUCAGUUGGUUCUCCUCACACAGCAGAGGAAUUCAAAUCUAAAUGUUUUGGUUACAGUUUCUGGCGCUGCUGAAGCGGCCCACGUGCAAACAUGGGGGGAGUGUCUGUGUGGAAACGUCCUUUCCUCUUCAGCUCCUCGUCAGAGCACCCACCACACUUGGGAGAAUUUCACACUUAAGGUGGGAUUUACGCUUCCAAAAUCUACCGUUAAACGACGUUAAACGUAUAUGUCACUUAGGAAAAUCGACCCCUCGUGUCGAGAACAGGAACAUGUUCGGCUCCCGGCUCGUGUCCGUGUUGCUGUUGUGUCUUUCUGAGUUGGCCGUUUCCCGGAGGUCUGGUGCUGAGGACGGAGACACUGGGGAGAAGAUUAACAGUGCGAGGUGCACCUCUCGCUGCCUUACUCUUCACAUAACACAGCUCACAGCCACGUUUCAGCAUCUGCAGAGUGAUGAUGUUCUGGGCUGGUGUGAAAAUCAUAGAAGAUGUUCUCAGUGCCUACAACCAUGCAGGGAAUUAUGGGAAACAAGAAGAGCCCUGUCUCAUAAGUUCUGUGAGAAGCACCAUGAGUGCCUGACCAGUGCUGAGUUCCUGCUGUCGAUGCAGACGCAGAAGCAGGGCGACUGCCCCGCUCCUCAGCGGGCCUCAGGCUUCGCGGCGGCCUGUGUAGAAAGCUGCAGCUCUGACCGGGAAUGUUCUGGCUCCAAAAAAUGCUGCUCCAAUGGCUGUGGCCACACAUGUCAAGCCCCUGCCAACCUUUUCAAAGGUGUCCCUUUGAAGCCAAGGAAAGACAUGACCUUUCUAGAGGACCAGCAUGGACAGCUGGAAGUUGCAUGGAUGUCCAAGUUUAAUGUCUCUAUUGAGCCAGUCCUGUAUAUUCUGCAGAGGAGGUGGAACUAUGGUAUUCAUCCCAGUGAAGAUGAUGCUUCACCCUGGCACACUGUUCUGAUGACCAUGGAAGAACGUGCCGUGCUCAAGGAUGUACGGCCCCACAGGUGGUACCAGUUUCGGGUCAGUGCAGUCAACAGUCAGGGCACUCGUGGCUUCACGACUCCCAGCAAGCACUUCUUCUCUACACGAGACCCAUUCCCCCCCGAGACCCCGCAAAAUACUAGGGCUGAGAAUCAGACGGUGCACGCUGACGGAAGGGUGAGCGUGCUGCUCCGCUGGGACCCUCCUGGUGAGGGUGACCUGGUGGUCCACCAUUACAAGGUGACCUGGAUUGCACGUGGAGCGGCAGCAGACGGCCCAAACUGGAAGGAGAGCGGUCGGGUCACAGACGGGACUCUGACUGAGAUGGAGCUGGGGGGACUCCAACCUGACACACACUACACAGUGCAGAUUCAAGCCAUUUCUUUCUGGGGGCAGAAGCGUUUAAAGAGUGGCCGUGCACAACUCUUCUUCACCACUGCUCCUUCCACUGGCUCCUCGCCUGGCCACGGGCCACUCUCUCGGGAAUUCUCCAAUGAGCUGCCCAUCUCCCACUCCUCUCCCGGUGUCCUGCGCCUAGAGGCCGCAGCCCCCCACUACUAUGACAAUCAGCUGCAGGUCAAGGUGUUCUGGAAGAGUCGACUCCCAGAAAACCAGAGGGGUUCCUCCUCAUACCUUUUAAGCUGGUAUCCAGAGGUAUGUGCCAACAAUGUGACCAAGAGAGAGAAGAAGGCUACUGUACAGGGCACACAUUUUGUCAUCACAGGCCUUCUCUUUGCCUGUAAGUACAAGGUGGCUGUGAUGCCCUUUUCAGAACAUGGACAGCGGGCAGGUGCUGUGACCUCCGUCACUACCCCACAUUGCUCAGCAAUGAAAGGCCGGGGAAAGAAACUACAAUCCUGUGCCCGGGAUGAGCGCCAUCUGCAGGUGAAGAAAGCACUGCAGCGCCCUGAGAAGCUGACUGCAGUGUUUCAGACGGUAAACGGCUCCCUGGAGGGCCUGUUUAGCUGGCAAGUGUCCGAGGCCGCCCCAGGUCAGACACCCAUCACAGGAUUCCAGUUCUCCUGGGUCAAAGUCUCCAGCAGUGGUGUGAAUGAAUCUACAGACACACUCAUCUCUCAAAUGCUGAAUUUGGCACCUAGUCAGCUCUCACUCAGAGUCGAGCAGCUGCAGCCAGAGAGUGUGUAUAAGGUGCAGGUCCAGGUGCUGUCUGAAGCAGGCAGUGGUUCUUCAGUAGUCAGAACGCUACGUACUCCACAGCUUAAUGGCACACCACAUUGAGACUCUUGUACAGUUCGGAGCAUCAUCAAGAAGUUUCUCCUUGUUCUGAUAUCUCUCCACUCCAUGCCAACAUGCAUUUCAUCUGCUGGUGUUGCAUGAUAAGAACACUGUGUAAAAUUUUAAAUAUGAACCAACAGCAUCAUGAAAAUGUCAUGUUCUGUAAGUUAAUUGUUCAGAGAUGUUUGAAACAUAUAAUUUAAUCCUACUUUAACAUGUAAAAAUGUGUAGCACUGAUGUAUGCAGUAUGUAGUUAUAGCUUUGUAUUGUUUAUUUUCUUAUCCUGUUAAAUGUAUUGCUAUAAAUACUUGUCCUGUAUCUCUGAAUCCGGAACAUUUUGAGCUGUGCGAGCAUUGUUCUAAAUUAUUUUUCAGCUUUACAUUUUACAGUCCACACACACACUUUAAUCUUGAAAUAUUUAUUGUGACCUGCUAUAACCUGUAAGGCAUCCAUGAUUCUGAUGUCAUUGUGGACUCUGGGCAUAUUUAGCUUAAGAUCUACCACAUUGUGCUCCAUUCUCCCAUGAACAUAGAAAACAUAUUAGGCCUAUAUUGUCUUAAAUACACUGUCUGAAUUUAUUAUAAUUAACUAAACUGCAUAACAAUGUAACACUGAAGCUGCAUGUUUUUGAGACAGCAGAGUGAACCCAUAUUAGGUUCAAGCUGUAUACACAAGCUAAUUAUGAAUAAUGACAUGAGUAAAAAGUCUUUGGAAACAAUAUUGUGCAGCUUUUGAAACAUGAUUAUGAAGGAAGACUUUCAUCAAUGCUUAAAGUGCCAGUUCAAUGACAGCAUUGUACCUACAUUGCCAGACAUAUUCUAUCACAUUGUGGCAGUUUUACUUUGUACAAAAAAUGUUACACUUUAUGUAAAUAUUGCACUUGAUGUUGUGUUACGUAGGGGUCAUCAAUGUUACAAAAUAAAUUUUAACGUCAA